AUGUAUUUAAAAUCUAAUUAUUUCUUCAUAUUUCUUCUUAUUCUAUUUAAUAUUCAUAUAUCAUUAUCAUCAAUUUGUUCAAAAUAUUAUUCAUUACAUUCACAAUCAUGUGAAUGUGAAGAUCAUACAUAUAAUAAUGAACAAUCAUUAAUAUCAUUAAAAUGUAUAAAUUUAUCAAUAAUACCAAAUUUAUAUAUAAAUUUAUCUUAUCAUACAAUUGAAUUAGAUUCAUGUUUAAAUGAUUUAAAUUUUUUCAAUCAAACAUUUAAUAAUUUAACAAUAAAAAUUUUACGUAUACGUCAUUGUAAUUUAUUGAAUAUAAAUGAACAAACAUUUUUAAAUAUAAAACAAUUAGAAAAAUUUCUUCUUGAAAAUUCAACUAUUUUAUUAUUAAAAACAUUUAAUGAAAAUUUUCAAGAUAUAUUUUCAAUAAAUUCAUUUUAUAAAUUAAAAUCAUUAAUAUUAAAAAAUAUACGUUAUCAACAAAAACAAAAAUUAAAUUUUGAAUUAUUAUUAAGACAAUUACCAUAUUUACAUCGUUUAGAAUUAAUUAAUAUUUAUAUUGAUAAUUAUCGUUAUUAUGAUAUACAAGCUAUUGGACAAUAUUUACAAUAUUUAAGUUUAACAAAUACACAUCAAUAUAGUUUAUUACCAAUUGAAUAUUUAAUAUCACUUGAACGUUUACUUAUACGUCAUUUACCAAAUAUAUUUCAUACACAAGAAUUAAUAUAUUCAUUAAGAAAAUUACCUAAUUUAAAAUAUAUUCUAUUUGAACAUAAUCAAUUAAAAUCAAUUAAUAAUUUACAAUCAAAUACAAUUGAUGAUAUUGAUUUAAGUUCAAAUUUAAUUGAAACAAUUGAUGAAUAUACAUUUGAAUAUGUACCUAAACUACGUCAUUUAACAUUAACUGAUAAUCCAUUAGAUUAUAUUGAUAAAAAUGCUUUUUGUGGUAUUGAAAAUUUACAACGUUUAUCAAUAAAUAUUAAACAUACACAAUUAUCACCAUUAGAUAAUUGUAUAUUAAUUAAUUAUCCAUAUUUACAAAUAAUACAAGAUAAUCAAAUAAAAUUACAAUGUAAUUGUCAAUUAAUGAAUAUAUUUUAUUUACAACGACAAGAUAAUAUUUCUAUAAAUCGUUUAUUUAAAUUAAAUCAAGUUUGUCUUUUUAAAUAUGAUAAUAAAUUUAUACAUUUACAUGAAUUAGAAAAUUAUUUAAAUUGUUCAUCAUUUAAUCAAUGUAAUAAUUUAUGUCAAGAUAGAAAAAUAAAAACUUCUUUAUUAACAACAAUAUCAUCACAUAUACAAAUUAAAUCAAAAUAUACAUCAUUAUCUAUGUCUUUAUAUUCAUUUUUUUCUCAUUUACUUUUUUUGUUGUUAUUAUGCUUUUUGUAUUUGUAA